AUGGCCAACAUUGUUGGAGCGCUCUUUGUCGUGGGAGCAAAUGGCUACACAGUCAUUUCUCCUUUGGGCGUCUAUUACACAGGGAAAGAGACAUACUUUACCCCUGCUCCCUGCGCAUACUUCCUUUGGCCUGUCAUUCACCUGCUGAUUCUUGGAACAUGCACCUACCAGUUCUCCAGACGGGGUAAGGAGCUCAUUAUCGACACCAUCGGCUGGCAUCUCCCGCUUCUCGAUUUUCUGAAUGUCAUGUACAUUUAUUCCUGGACCAAUCAGGAGUACAAAUAUUCUUUGGUUUUCAUCAUCUUCACUGGUUCAAUUGUAUCGAAAAUUUACCGAGAUGUGAAAUUGAGCGCUGUAUGCAACGUCUGCGACGAACUCUUCCUACAUCUUCCGUUCUCCCUCUAUUACGGCUGGACGACAUGCUUGAUCUUCACCACCGCCUUUGCAGCUUUUGGUGUGGAUGCCGAAAUCGAGCCGGCGAGGUUCUGGACCAAAGUUUUCGUCUUCCUUAGCCUGUUCACGCUCCAGGCCAUUGCAUUCGUCUGCCUCUAUGCGUCCGCAGGGGCGAUGUUCCUGCUUGUCUUGCAGUCCUCUGGUUCCUAUGGGCUAUCUUUAUUCGCCAAACAGAAAGGUCGCCGUUUGUGCACUGGUCCAUCGCUCAUGUGCGUUCGAGAGGUGAUCCGGCAGUCACCUCAAUCUCCUUACCAGUCACUUGAUUGGGGCUCGCGCUACCUUAGCUCUCACUCUUUAACAGGUUAUGAGCCCUGGCUAAAGAAUAGCGGCACACUCUUCUCAAACCAUCCAAUGCUUGCUGACAAGAAUUUGGCACCUGCAGCACCGAGGAAUACCAUCACUCUUCCGCCGGCAAGCACUGUUGUGCAAGAAAAGGUCUUGACAAAAGCAGACUGGGACUAUAGGUUAGAUCUAUACUUGUAA